GAUCGAACGUGCUGUACGUACGAAAACGGUCUGUGUGACAGGUUAGCAUCAGAAAAAACACCUCCGGACAGACGCUACUGGAUUUUGUCUCCAGUGAAGCGGCCUGAGAAAGGAAAAUGGGGUCCCGAAUCAAGGAGAGCCCAGAUUACACUUUCGAGGUCUACAUGGAGGUGGCAAUUCCAGGCACACAAAGCUCUGGGCCGGAGGUGCGAAGACAGUACCCUGUAGAUUACACAGACCAGGAAACACUUCAAACUGUUCCCAAGUUCUGCUUCCCCUUCUGCAUGGACAGCCUCACAGUCAACCAGGUCGGCCAGAACUUUACCUUUGUUCUGACUGACAUCAACAGCAAACACCGAUUUGGCUUUUGUCGUCUCUCGUCUGGUGCGCACACCUGCUACUGCAUUCUGAGUUACCUGCCCUGGUUCGAAGUCUUUUACAAGCUGCUGAAUAUUUUGGCUGAUUACACCAUCAAAGGCCAGGAAUGUCAGUUUCAAGAACUUCUGGUAUCCCUCCAUACACUUCCCAUACCUGACCCCAAAGUUCCUGUCCAUCUUGGUGUGCAUUCUUUCUUCACUGUGCCUGACACGAGCGAACUCCCCAGUAUACCUGAAAAUAGAAACUUAACAGAGUACUUUGUAGCGGUGGAUGUCAACAAUAUGCUUCAUCUGUAUGCAAGUAUGCUUUAUGAACGUCGAAUCCUCAUCUGCUGUAGCAAACUAAGCACUUUAACUGCAUGUGUCCAUGGAUCUGCAGCUAUGUUGUAUCCAAUGCACUGGCAGCAUGUUUACAUUCCAGUCCUGCCUCAGCAUCUAUUAGACUACUGCUGUGCUCCCAUGCCAUACCUCAUCGGAGUACAUUCCAGCCUGAUGGAGAAAGUUCGAGGAAUGGCUCUGGACGAUGUUGUAGUAUUAAAUGUGGAUACAAAUACCCUUGAAACGCCCUAUGAAGACCUCCAAAGCCUUCCCAAUGACGUGGUUUCGUCUUUAAAAAAUCGUUUAAAGAAGGUUUCCACAACGACUGGAGAUGGUGUGGCACGGGCUUUUCUCAAGAGUCAGGCGGCGCUGUUUGGAAGCUACAGAAACGCCCUGCAGAUUGAGCCGGGAGAGCCCAUUACUUUCAACGAGGAGACCUUUGUCAACCAUCGAUCUAGUGCCAUGAAGCAGUUUCUAUUAAAUGCCAUCCAGCUGCAGCUGUUUAAACAGUUCAUCGAUGGACGAUUAGACCUGCUGAACUCAGGGGAAGGUUUCAGUGAUGUUUUUGAAGAAGAGAUUAACAUGGGGGAAUAUGCAGGCAGUGACAAAAACUAUCAUCAGUGGCUGUUCACAGUAAAGAAAGGGGGUGGGGCCAUCUUCAACACAGUGAAGACAAAAGCAAACCCUGCCAUGAAGAACGUUUACAAGUUUGCCAAAGACCAUGCAAAGAUGGGCAUCAAGGAAGUGAAAAGUCGCUUAAAACAAAAGGAGCAUGCAGAAAAUGGCUUCUCUGUGGGCUCAACUGUCAUCGAUGAUGACGACCCUACAUGUCUCAACUCCACCACCACAAUCGGAAAGGAGGAUCCCCUCCCCACCUGGGACGACAACCGGCCAAUCACAAUGCACUUUGGUCAGGCACGACAACCCAUGCUGUUGAAGAGGCCAAGCAGUAAUGUGAAUCUGGAGAGCAGCGUUGAGAAUUCUAUCCGACCUACCCGUCAUUAUACAGUUUUUCUAUCUGAAGAUUCGUCCGGGGACGAGCUCCAGUUCGACGAUGACUCCGUCUCUGCACUUCCCGACAGCUUUCUCUUCUCAGUCCCUUUCGAGUGGUCUCCUCUGCCACAACCGUAUCGCUCCCUGAAAGAGUCUGAGCUGGCUGAAGCAGACCAUGAUGUCGGAGCGGAAAGUCAGACUGCUCCGCCGAGCCCUCUGAUGGAGAAGUUCUCCAAUAUCAACCUACUGAGUGACAUUUUCGGCUGCCAGGAUGAGCCCGAGAGUCAGCCCAUCACUCUGGCCAAAAGUCUGGAGGAUCUGAGGACUCCCAAAGAUGCAGAUGAGCUGAAAACCAAAUUCACAUACCAGAGAAUGGACCUAAGCGAACACUCUCGGACGCUACCUGGCUUAAAGCUGUCAAACCCAUACAACAAGCUGGGAAGCAAGAAGGAAGAGGUGCCUGAGGGUCUGCCCUCCAGACCACCUUCUGUACAGCUUCCUGUUCAGACGGAAGCCUUUCCACCCAGCAAUGACUUCUUCAGCCAAAGCUCAGAGCCGCCAGAUCCGUCCGCUUCAGGAAACAUCACCAUCCCUCGUCCCCAUGGAAGGAAGACUCCGGAGCUUGGCUCGGUCCUGGCGCCCCCUUUAAUCCCGCCACCCUCCAGAGCAGCAGGCCUGUGUGAGGGGAGGACUACAGCAGGUGGGCAGGAAUUUAGGCAAGCCCUCAUCAUGAGUUCAGAGGGAGACAUGCUGAAGCCUCACAAGGUCACUGAGGACAGUUUAGAUCUCAUUAGUCUUCUUGACCCCCUCCACACUUCCUCCCACUCCACAGCAAUCUACGGAGGGGAUGGUUUGUCGACCUGCAAACCAGCACUUCCGCUCAGGUCUUUCCCUCAGGCCUUGCCUUCUUUCCCGGUUCAUCCCCAGACAUCGCUCAAUCCCUUUACCCAGUCUCUUCAGCGAACCUCCCCUCAAAUGCAGUUUCCUCCCACCAUCGGUGGGAACCCUUUUAGUGCAGCCUAUGCUCCGCAGACCGGGUCCUACUUGCACUCAAACCCACCAUCGCAGUCGUACCCCACACACCCGGGACUCUAUCGCCAGCAUUCACCAGUUAGUUCUACCCUGCCCUCGAACUAUGGAGCGCUUCAGUCAGUCUUCCCUUCCUCAGCCGCCGCCCUCCCUCACUCAUCCGCGAGCAACAACGCACUCUCCAGUCUGGCAGACUCCACAGCUCUGCCCCCUGCUGUUCAGAACAUUUUUGAAAAGCCACCUCAAGCAGAGGGGAGCAGCCACUUGACUCGGGACCCUUUUGGUGACCUGCUCACAAUAGCCAAGCCUGCGACCCCCACAAAAAAGAAGGUGGAGGACCUUCGGCGGAGGUGGGAAACAUUUGACUGAGACCUGUGAAUAUGCACUAGUAGUUUCUCUCCACGACAGCGAAAGACUCUCCCCUUGACUGCAUCAGGACCUUUUGAGAAAUCAAUGUGGCACUUGCUUGUUUUAGUAUUAGAACAGUAGCUUUCACAGGUGUAGAGGAAGAACCAGGUUGAGAUUGAUGGAUUCAAAAUUGAGGUCUCUUUUUAAGCUUAUAAAUGCUCAUCAAAAUGUGAUUCCAAAUGUCAGAAAAAAGUAUUUGUUUUCUUUUUUAUCUUGACAUAUCAGAUGUUUUACUUCAACUCUGUCCCUAAAAAGUUAUCGUCUCUCCACUGAGAAUUGCCGCUUCAGGCCGCUGUUCACUUUAGAAAACCAAAACAAUCACCGAAUGUCACUGUUAUGGAACAUCAACUGUUUAAUAUCGACUUCUUUUUCUAUGGUCGCAUUAGAAGAAAUAUCAGCUUUUGAAUGUACUCGCAUUAAGUAAGGCCUCCAAAAACAUGAACAUACUUACCAGAAGACAAUCUCAUACCGUUUUUAACUUGAGUCAACAUCUCCGUAAUUGAGGAGUAUUAGACUUCCAAGUCUAAAUCUUCGCCUUUAAUGUAAACAAUUUUUGGUCGUGUCAUUUCUAUUGCUUCCUGUUGUGUUUGCUGCCCCUGGUGGCCAAUACAUGUCUUACAUGUGUUAGAAGUCACCUGGCUGAAAUAUGAACUAUUUUUUAAUGCACUGUAAGUAAUAUAUUUCAAUCUGUUUAAUGCAGUUUUUAACUUGUGAUACAACUUUUUUUUCCCUUUAACUCCAUUGUGCUGCUCGUAAACAUUAGCGUUUGGAAAAACACUGCGGGUCCUGACCCAUGAUGCGCUUAUGUGUUCAUCAGAUGGCUGUGUAUUCCACCCCCCACAGAUGCACCGUCUUUUAUGCCAUUACACACAGGGCCUUCGCUACAAGAUGUUCAAUGCCAAUAUUCGUCCUCUUGCCACUAAACUGCAACUCGUGUUCCGUGCACUGCCACCCUUUGUGUCACCUGCCUUAUUAGCUAAUGAACUUAGCACUAGAUUUGUAGAGCCUUAGAAAAAGUUAUUUACAAAAAUAGCCUCUAUUGUGCUGACGUAAGCAUUCACGAUGAAGCUGCUGCUUCAGUGGCGUUGUACUUGAUCCUGUUACUUCAAAAGUGACUCAAUUCCUUCAUGCAGUCAUUUCUCCUGCAGGUGCUUUUGGUGGCUUCAUAUGUUUCUUGAUUGCUAAGGCCUUCAUUCAUUUUGGUUAAUUCUGAGGAGAAAAACAGCCUUCAUUGGCCUGUGUUGUCCCCAAUGUGGUUUUGAACAUUUGUCAAAAUUAAAUAUGUGAAACAAUGACGUUGUUUUCGCGAGUCACUCCGAAUAAAUGCAAUGCUAGUUUUUGUCGAGGCAUCACAUGUCAAUGGGGAAAACCUGGAUUUCAACCCUGAACACAGAUGUCUUUCACUUGUAACCACUCAAGGAAGAAUGACCCCAAGUGACCGUUUUCAGAGCCAUAGGAAGCCUAAGUCACAACCAUCUACUUCUCAAGUUAUCUAAAAAUAUGAACAGACCCAAUGGAGAGAUGAAAGUUAUUUUCUGAUCCGUCUUGAAAUAUGCCAUAGCUCUCACAAAUGAUGUCUAUGAAUUUGAAAGAUACAUUCUAAUGCCGUGAGAGCACUGCUUUUCGACCGGCAUCAAAAGUAACUUUAGGUUUAGUGUGAUAUCUAGUAACCAACUACAAUGCUCAUCGCAAAUUUAUAAUGAAGUACCUUCAACAUCAAUCUUAGCGUCAGAGCUGUCGGAUUCUGCUGCGACGUCAUACAUGCAAUGUUUGAUUUGUAGUCCAAAUCAUUUUCACUAGUAAACUCAUAAAUAUAAAAUCAUAAAGCUCCCGCAGUGUUUGAACAUCAGAGUGAUUCGAGGGUUCAUCAGCUCAUUUUAUUGCCGUGUUGUAAAACAUGUUGAUGUUCUCAAACAAAAAUAACAUUAAUGGGUGACCUUUAUUUUUACUCCUUUGUUGCAUUUUGAAGUGAACCCCUUUAGUUCUCCUCUAACCUUAAUGCAUUUUAUGUCCUUGUUUUGACCCUGGAACUCCUCCCACUCUACUGUAAAGGUAAAAAAAAAUCCUGGAAAAUAAAAAAAUAUUUACAUCCCUCCCCCUGCAAA